AUGUCUGAAAAGAAGCCCCAAGUAGAAUAUAAGCAACAUAAAGGGCUUCAUAAACCGGAAUUUUUGGGAAACAAACCCUUAGAUCUUCUAUUUAAGGAAAUUUCUGAACUAUUUAUUGAUGGCGAUGGAUUUGAUGCCGUUCAGUCAAUCUUGAAAAAGAGCCACAAACUGGAAGAACUGCCACCCAAGGAGUCCCGAUAUCAGGUUGUACAAUAUUUAUUAAGCUUACUAGUACAGCUGCAUACUCUCUCCAAUUUAGAGCGACAUCAAAAUGCAUCCGUCAAGAAACAUAAUCUAAUAACAAUUUCAAUGCAUGACAUGAAGACUUUCAACAUGCUGGUCAACUUCAUUGUUAUACAAGGCAUAUAUUCAUGUUUACCACCAGGUGUUGGAAUACCUCUACCCAAACGGUUCUUGAAAUCAUCACAGAAGAUUAAGGUAGUGAAACUGGGACUUCCAAAUGGUGAAAAGUUGUUAAACAUGGUCAUUGGGGAGAUGUUGAAGAUCUUAGAGGCAGACGGUGAUGUCAAGGACUUCUUAAUGACGGGAACCGGCUACUCAGAUGUUUUAUGUGCCAUUAUGUGUUUACUGUCUUAUCCAGCGACAUCCUCUAAUCUAACCUAUCAGACAUUGUUUGAUAGAGUUGAACAGCUAUGUCCAACAUUUGAGCUUAUAAAGUUUUACAGUUCUUUGGUCUCAUCACAACAACCCCAUUUCAAGUUAUUUGUCCUUACAAGACUAUCUAAUAUUCCACUGUUUCGAAACGACGGUGUCAUGUGCUUGAUAGAGUAUAUCUGUGGUCUCAGAGAUGAAGAGGACAUUGAUAUUGAGAAAAUCGAACAAGUAACGUCCAUCCUACUCAGUAAGCCAACCAAUAUUUCGUCUACAGAGUACUUUAAAGUUUUGGGAUCGCAGUUAUACGAAAUACUAAUUCUCAUUGACAGGCCAGUUUUAACUUCAGUGGCUGGACAUAUACUGGAACACAUCUAUCUAAAAAAUAGCCUAAUCAUCAAGGACUUUGUGUUUCAAAAAAUCUGGGAUAAUUUAGAUCCAAAGUCUACGGAUAAUGAAGAGUUGAUAUCAGAAAAAGACCUCAAUAACACAAUCAAUGUAAUUAUUUCAAUUGCCCAAAAAGCUGAACCAAUGUUUCUUAUCGCUCUGUUUUCCCCGAUUUUGAUUCCACUAUGGAAUUAUCUCUGUUUUUUGCAACAAAAAGGGAAAUCAACAAAAGUGAUGAUGGGUGUCCUGGUCUCAUUUUUCACUAUCGUUAACAGUGUGGAGCUACUAAAUGAGAUUGCUCAAAAUUUGAUAACAAACAUGGAAAAUUGGGAGUUUAAGUUAGGACCAAAUGAUCUGCCAAUGAUUAUACGAACUCCCAAAUCUUUAGAUUCAACAAAAACAUCAAGACUUUUUGAUACCUUGGAUGCUUCGUUAAAACUUUACAUGUCUCUAUUGAAAGACUUAGAUAAAGGGUUGGUCAAUAAGGUUUUCCUAGAUGUCCUUCAAAGAUGGCUUAAUGGAAAUCACACGCUGAUUGCUGACGAGAAUCCAUUUAAAAUACUCAUCAAUCUUCGAUUAUUGGAAGCAAUCGCCUCAAAAUUCAAGGACCAACUAGCUGAAGAACCUGAAGAACUGCUGGUGAUUACUAAAAGCUUUCUGAAGAAUGUCGGUCCAGCAACUACAUCUUAUGCAAACAUAAUCAAGCCAGAGGAAGAUGUUGACUCUGACGAUGAAGACGAAGAUGAAAAAACUGACAAGGAGACCUUAAAGAUGGUUCUGGAGCUUCUGUCUUCAGUGAUCUCAGAAACGUCUGUAGCCAACUUUUCAGAAGGUUCAAUCAAAGAGUUGAAAGAAAUUCAGACUAUCUUACCAAAUCUCAAACUAGCUGCCACACAAGCUUUAUUAGAACGAAUUAACUUAAUUAUCAAUGGGGAGCCGCCUAAGCCAAAGUCUCAAAAAGAGCAAGAUAAGCAGUUGUUUGAAAGAGCUAUCAGUAGUUUAAAUGAUCCUUUGGUUCCAAUCAGAGCCCAUGGGUUAUACAUGUUGAGACAAUUGAUCGAACGCAAAUCUGAGGUUAUAUCGGUUGAUUUUGUCGUGCAACUUCACCUCAUUCAACUUAAGGACGAGGACCCAUUCGUUUACUUGAACGUAAUAAAAGGGUUGGAAGCAUUAAUCGAGUUGAAUAAAGAGCAGGUUGCACCACUUCUGGUGUCACUGUAUGUCGAUGACUCGCAGAACCUAGAUGAAAGACUAAGGAUUGGAGAGGUCCUGCUAAAGCAUAUUACCACGGCAAAUGAAACGAUUGGAGAACUGGGCAAGCUAAUUGUUUCUAAUGUCUUAUCGGUUAUUAAAAGGACUGAUGAGAAUACCAAGGACAUACGGCUUAGAAUGUCUGCAAUGUCUAUUCUAGGCAUGUGUUGCAAAGUGGCCCCUUAUUGCAUCAUUGAUUAUAUAACCGAUGCUCUAGAUUGUGUGCUCGGUGUUUUACAAUUGGAAACAUCAAAAGAACAGAACGUAAUGAGAAGAGCCGCUGUUUUUUUAGUAUGUGAUCUAAUCACUGGACCUGCUGGUUUGAGUGGAGUACCGAAAGGGUACGGCAGCAAGGUCUUAAUUAGUCUCAGGUAUAUCAGAGAUACAGAUAAUGAUUUGUUGACCAGGGAACAUGCUGAGAAAGUUUUGGAAAUCAUCAGUGAGUCAAUACGAGAAUCAAUGGUCAUAAAGGGGGGAGACAUGGAACAAGUACGGACAAUUAAAGGUAUAUAG